UGGACGUGCUAUUAGAACAUAGCUACUGUCGCUGCCCGAGCCCUGCUUAUGACCAGCGAGAAGCAAAUAGAGGUGCCUGGUUAGAUUGCACUAGAAGCUCAUUAUCACAGAAAGAAGAGUUUAUUAAUUCAGUCUUAAUUCAACUAUCGUAGCUCUUCGGGGGAACACAAUGGAGGGUCUGCUGCCUCUGUCCUCGCUGAGGCUCCUGGUUCCACCUCUGCGGAUGAUGUCGGCUGUGAUGUGGAAGGUGGUUCGUCUGAGGAACAUCGUGCAUUAUGGGAAAGUGGAGGAGUUUGUGUCUUUGAUAACUGAAGCCAUCCCUGACAUUUUGACAGACAGACAGAUGAGACUGCUCGCUCUGGGCUUAAGAGCAAAGAUGAUGUUACAGAUGUUAAGCUCUGAACAGUCAGAGGAUCUCAGAGAUGUUAAAACAUGCUUGAACAGUCUCCUGCCAUCCAGCUCCAAACAGGUUCAUGCAGGAAAUGAAGCUCUUGAGGCCAACUUUGUCAGACUUGUUCAAAGACUCCUGGAGGACCCGAAAGGGAGAGAGCACUUCCUGAAGAAUGUGUUUCCUGUGGAGUAUGGGUCUGACUUUGAUACAGCUCUGGAGACACUGGUUUGUGAGUUCUUCACCAGACUAGAAGAAUUGCUGCUUAUACCAGACUUUAAGCAGACUGCAGUGUGGAUCAGCGAUACACCCUCUGUGUUGGAAGAGUACAUGCAGUGUGUAUCCAAAGCAGACGACCUCAAAGUGCUGCUCAGAAGCAAAGCCCACAGUGAUAAAAUGGCCAAGAUGGAUACCAGUGUGCCCUCUCCCUCGGAGCAGCGACUCUUCUCAUCGUUAUCUCUCCUUCCUUCACUGCCAGAGACCAAACAUGCGGAAUCUAACACGCAAAGAUCUCAAAACAAAAGAGACUCUGAGGAGGUUUCUCUUCAGGACGCAGAAGCAGCGAACAAUGCAGAACAGGAAGCAGGAGAGAAAUGCAGUGAUGGAACUUCAGACACCUGCCGAGCUCCCUCUACGUCUGGUGAGAGUCCUAUAAUGUCAAGCUCUAUGAUUGUUCCUCCGCGGGAGAGAGUUGCACACAAAUGCACUCAGUGUGGAAAGUGCUUCAUUUACCGCUAUCAACUCCUGAAACAUCAGAGACGGCACACGGGAGAAAACCCUUACAAGUGCUCUCAGUGUGGAAAGGCCUUUAGGACGACCUCUGACCUGUCAACUCACAGGAGGACGCAGUGCACAAAAGCAGCUUAUAUCUGCAUCAAAUGUGGGAAUAGCUUUGAAUCAAUACAGGACAAAUUUAGACAUCAGUGUGUUCAUAGCAUCCAAAAGUUUGACUGUUCUCAGUGCGGAAAAAGAUUUACGAAAAUGCAUCUGCUGAGUAAGCAUGAGCUGACUCACACUAAGAACCGUGUCUUCACGUGCAGACAGUGUGGGGAGGUAUACCCCACUAUGAGUGAGCUGAGAACCCACCAAAAGAUUCAUCCUCCCAAGCUGUCCAAUCAGUGCAUGCAGUGUGGGAAAGUCUUCAGCUCUGUUGCCUGUUUGACAGCCCACGAGCUGCGCCACAAGCGACAGAGAACACAGAUUUGUGUGCGUUGUGGCAAAGCCUUCAAAGACAAACACGGCCUGAAUCUUCACAUGCGCAGUCACACAGGCGAGAGGCCGUUUCAGUGCAUGUUCUGCGUGAAACGUUUCUCUGCAUUAGGAAACCUGAACAUACACAUAAGGACCCACACUGGAGAGAAACCGUAUCUGUGCUCAGACUGUGGCAAGGCUUUUGUUUCAGCCGGCGAGCUGCAGAUACACAGACGAACCCACACUGGGGAAAAGCCAUACAAGUGCACUGUAUGUGGGCGGGGAUUCACCAUGGCAAGCACACUGACAAUUCAUAUGCGCAUUCACACUGGAGAGCGCCCUUACAUCUGUUCUGAAUGUGGGAAAGGUUUUUCACGUGGUGGAGAAUUAAAGAAACAUGCCAUGAAGCACACAGGUUUGAGACCCUACGCUUGUCAGCUGUGUGCAAAGACUUACACAUGCCUCAAUCACCUGAAGAGACACUUGAAAACUCACAGUGUAGUGCAAAACAAGACUGUCUAAUUCAUGUGAUUACUUUAUGCCAUUGUAUUAAUGUUGUAGUCAUGCAAUGAGCCUGUCCUGUUUGCGGUGUUGACUGUAAACUGUGUAAAAGGUUUCACACUCACCCUCUUGUAAGGACUAUGUUGCAAAAGCUCUUGUUUGUACCGAUGAUUCCUUAUCCUGUGUUGUCAGAUCUGUCCUCAUUGUACCCUCUACAAUGACAUCUAAGUGUAUUACUUUUGUUUUCUGAAGCCUUAAAACACAUGUUAAGAGUCUCUAUGAAAACAUACAACAAACAAUACAUUCCUUGAA